AAUUAUUCGUUUGUUGGUAGCUGUGUCAUAGAGGUGAUUGAUGAAUAACUGAGUAAAUAAAACAUCGAUUUCAAGCAAAACAAACUCAAAACUAUUUACAUUUAACAAUGGGAUUUCUAACAGUUCUUAAGAAAAUGAGACAAAAAGAGAAAGAAAUGAGGGUUCUUUUGCUUGGUUUGGAUAAUGCUGGAAAAACAACAAUUUUAAAGCGCUUGAAUGGCGAAGACAUUGACGCAAUUGAACCAACACUGGGUUUCAAUAUCAAUACACUGGAGCAUCGCGGUUACACGCUCAAUUUUUGGGAUGUCGGUGGUCAGAAGUCGUUGCGAUCAUACUGGCGUAAUUAUUUCGAGAGUACCGAUGGUUUGGUGUGGGUGGUAGACAGUGCCGACAAGAUGAGAUUAACAAAUUGCAAAGAUGAAUUAAAUAAUUUGCUGCAAGAAGAGCGUUUGGCCGGUGCCACACUUUUAGUUUUAGCAAACAAACAAGACGUGCCUGGUGCUUUAUCAUCGAAGGAUAUUAAAGAUAUUUUGGAAUUAGAUAAGAUUGAAACGCAUCAUUGGAGUGUGGUGGGAGUAAGCGCAGUAACUGGCGAGAAGCUCUUAGCAUCAAUUGACUGGUUGAUUGAUGAUAUAGCAAAACGAAUAUUCAUAGAUUAAUUUUCUAAUCAAUAAGUAUAAGUUUGCGUUUUUGUUCUUAAUCACAAUUAAUUCGAUUAAUUCCGAACUGUGUUAACAAUUUAAAAAAUAAAACACCAUUCGCACAUCUUUGUAGAAAAAAAAACUAUUAACCAUUACAUCGUAUUUUAUGAUAAUAAAACAUUUAAUAAAUUGUAUAAAUUAA